UCAAUUUGAUUGAUUGUUUGGUUGGUUGGGAAAAAAAAGUUAACUAAAGUCAAAGGAAGAGUGAAAAUUAACUUUCAAUUGUAACAAUCAAACUAAUUCCCGUACAAGGAAAACUAUGAUCAACAUUAAAUCAUCACUUUACUCACCAUCAACAUAACUAAUUGUAACAAUUACUUGAAUUUACAACAAUCAGUGUCUCAGAAAUUCAAUUACUCAAAGUGUCGUAAUUUAAAAUACUAAUUUUCCCUUUUCUCAUAAUAUUAAUUGUGAUUUUCGUGUUGGUCAACAGUUAAAAUAAAAACAUCAACAACAAUAUAGUUAAUUGAUUAUCAUGGAGACAAUUAAUUUAGGCGAUAUCAUUGAUGAGAAAUCAACAACAACAAAACCAUCAUCACAAUCAAUUGUUGGUAACAAUAAACGAGAAUCUAAUGUAACAAUUAAAUCACCUUCAUUAGCUGUUCUUAUGAAAAAUGUUUGCUACAAUUAUGGAACCUCAGUCAAACCCUUAAUUGCUCUGAAUAAUGUUAAGGUUAAUAUUCCGGAAGGAAUAAUUUACGGUCUAUUAGGUCCAAGUGGGUGCGGUAAGACGACACUUCUAAGGUGUCUCUUAGGCCGAUUGAAACCCCAAUCGGGCGAUGUUCAGAUCUUUGGAUAUAAACCCGGAACUCGAGAGAGUUUAGUUCCAGGCCCUGGAGUGGGUUAUAUGCCUCAGGAAUUAGCUUUGUACAUGCAAUUUACGAUUAAGGAGACAAUCAAUUAUUUUGGACAAUUAACUGGUAUUCCAAAGGAGGAGAGACAUUCUCGAGUUGAAUUUCUUUUAUCGUUUUUAGAUCUUACUGAUGCUGAUAGAAUGGUUUCAGAUUUAAGUGGUGGUCAAAGAAGACGAGUAUCCCUUGCAGUUGCCUUGGUCCAUAAGCCGCCAUUGCUUAUCCUCGACGAGCCGACAGUAGGAGUCGAUCCAUUGCUAAGAGAAAGCAUUUGGAGCCAUUUAGUUCAUUUGACACAAUCAGAGGGAAUGACAGCAAUUAUAACAACUCAUUAUAUCGAGGAGGCAAGACAAGCAAAUAUCGUUGGAUUAAUGAGAGAGGGCAGUUUACUCGUUGAAGAAGAUCCUGAUAUUCUGAUGAGAACUCAUCAGAAAGAUACACUUGAGGGCAUUUUCUUGAAGAUUUGUCAUGAACAACGAAGCUUAACUACUUCAAGUUCGACUAAUUCAUUUGUACGAGAAAAUGGUGGUACAAAUCCAGCGACAAUUAACAAUAUCAGGAAAAGACAAUCAGCUGAUCAAUCAGGUAACAAUUUAACUAAAGAAGUUAAAUGGAAAAGAUCAAGACCCGAACCUUUAACCGAUAAACCAGAGAUGUUCAAAGAUUCGUGUAGGAAGAUUGGAGCUUUAACUGAGAAAAUGGCGAUUAGAUUGAGACGAAAUAUUCCAAUGCUUACUUUUCAAUUAGUUCUUCCAACGAUACAAAUCAUGUUAUUCUGUAUUUGUAUUGGUCAAGAGCCCAAGAAUCUUGACCUUGCUGUUUACAACAAAGAUUUCAACGGAGGAAAUUAUAGUCAAAAAUUUCUGGAAUUGAUUGAUCCUAAUUACGUUAAAAUUAAUUACUUUGAUUCCAAAGAAGCAGCAAUGGAUCGGGUCAAAGAGGGUUGGGCUCAUGGGGCAUUGAUUUUCAAUCCUAAUUACAGUUUACAAUUAGAUAAUAGGUUCGAUAUGUUCGAGAUGAUGACCGAUGCCAAGGGAAAGAUAAUUAAUGAUAGUACAAUUUACUUUCAUUCGGAUGGAACAGAAUUUCCAAUUCAGAUAACAUUAAUCACCCAAUUGGUAACAUCGGCUCAGAAAUGGAUAAUCAAUCUGGUUAAUGAAAGUUUUCCUUUCAUGGCCUCGGCGAUUGCAGAGCCGCUAUUUAAACCCGUUGAUCCGCCAAUUUAUGGAGAGUUGAAACCUUCAUAUCGUAACUUUAUGGCCCCAGGGUUAAUUCUUGGUAUAUCUUAUAUCCUUGCAGUUGGAUUAACGGCUCUUUGUUUCGUCAUGGAUCGUAAAGAGGGUCUUCUUGAACGGACUUUUGUCGCCGGAGUUCAGGCAUAUCAGAUACUCUUUGCUCAUAUAAUAAUCCAAUGUACAAUCAUCUUAAUUCAAACGAUAUUACUUUUAUUCACCAUUUUUGUCAUCUUCGGGAUUGACCUUAACGGAAGCAUCAUAUCAGUCACAAUAUUGACCUUACUUCAAGGAAUCGCGGGAAUGUCUUUCGGUUUCCUGAUCUCGGCUCUUUGUUAUGAGGAGCAAUCGGCCAUGUUAAUUUCUGUUGGCUCAUUUUAUCCCAAUCUAAUUCUUUGCGGUAUUUUAUGGCCUUUGGAAGCGAUGCCCGACUUCAUGAGGGACAUGAGCUAUUUAAUGCCACAAACUUUAGCAAUUAAGAGCAUGAGAUACAUAAUCACUCGAGGCUGGGAGUUCACUCGCUUCGAGGUGUACAUUGGCUUCUUUGCCACUGGUUGUUGGAUUCUCAUAUUCAAUAUACUUGCUGUCGUAAUAUUUGCUGUGAAAAAAUAAACAUCCAAAACAAUUAGUUAAUCCAAUUAACUCUCAUUCCUAAAAAUAAUUGAAUAGACAAAAAAUGAAAUGUUCAAAAUUAAUAUUAUUGUAAAUUCAUUACAAUCACUGACUUUGGUAUACAAAUCACAUUAAUCAUUUUACAAUAAGUUAAUUACUGAUAUUAAAUUGUUUUCUUUCCCCCAUA